GCCAUCUCCAAGGAAACCUACGUGAUGCAAUUAAAAACAACACAAGCGGUCUCGAAGUCUCACGGAAAGGAGAUCAACCUGUGGUGACGCGUUGAUAUACGAACGUCACCACGUUUGAUCAUUCCAAUGUAAUCAACGAGCGCUAAUGACGUUUUUUUCUGGACCUUGCCACAUUUUGCUGGUGGAUGUACUGGGGGUCGGGGGUGGGGUCAAUUCAGGAUGACGCUCUGAGGAGGUUUAGUGUCAGGUUUUCUAUCCAACAAUGAACACAGACGACAACGCAAUGGAGCAAGACGAUUCCUUUGAUCCCGACGGGGAUGAUCGUGAAGAGAAUAACGGUGUUGAUGAUGAAGUUGAUGCGAAUGAUGGUGAUGACGGGAAUGGUGGUGAUGAUGACGAUGGCGCUGAUGUUGAUGAUGACCACGAUGGUGGUAAUGAGAAUGCUGAUGUUAGGCCUAAUGAAAAUAAAGAAGAAGAAGAAAAAGAUGAUGAAGAACAAGUUGAUGAUGGUGAUAAUGAUAAUGAUGAUGCCGGUGAGGACGACGACGUUAGCUUGACAGAAGGAGAAGAGGAGUUGGAAGCGACAGUCAAAACCAUAAAUGAGCGCGCGAGAAGAGCUCAUGCAGUUUCUUCCGGGUUCGAUACGUCUGCCACCGCCUCCGAGCUGCACGUCAACGCGGAUGAUUUUAUCCGCAAUUUUCUCGGUCAACUGAAGAUGACUGCAACUCUUGACACUUUCCAAACGGAGUGGACGGAGAUGGCGCAAAAGGGCUUGCUGAAUACCAAGCGGGUCGGCGAGGUCCCGGACGUGUAUGUCCAAAACCAGCGUUUGCACAACGAACUAAAGAAUGCGCUACGGGAGAGGGAGGAAUACCGACUGGCGGCCUCAAACUCAGCCGAGACGCUGGCGAUGGUGCAGAAGAGCCGAGACACGCAAUGGAUGAACCGCAAACGUGCUGGCCAGGAGAAGAACCGACUGGUGGAGGAGACGAGGAGGCUGAAGGCUCAGUGUCACGCGUACGAACCCGCACUCAGGAGGAUGGACGACAAGUUUCAGGUCCUUGUAGAGCAGACCAUGCGGGCGGCUCUGGAGAGAGACAAAGUGGUGAACUUCGCUCCAUCUCAACCAUGUCCCCCCACUGUCCAAAGAGAUAAGCAGCAGAAAACCAACAGCUGUGUGAAAAGCUCAAAUCGGUUAAGUUUUAAUAAAAUUCAAUAGAAGGUUGGAAGACAAGUCACAAAUACAAUUAUCAUUAUUGUUGUCGUUAUUAUUAUUAAAAAUCACAGGGAUGAAAUAAAAAUACUGUACGUAGAAACAU